UCACUUCUCCCACGUUCUUCCAACAACAAUCAUUCAGUAUUCAAACACACACCAAAUAAUCAAAAUUUACCAUUCUGAUAAGAGACGAUCCUUUCAAUAUCACACCGCGAAGCUGCUUAUGUGCUUCAAGCUUCAAAAUUUUAUUAAUUUCCCAUUAAUCCUAGUGCGAAUUUAACCAAAUCUGAUGUGUAUAAUUUAAUUAAGAGAAAUCUCGUGUACUUAUCUAAAAUUUGAACCGGUUUAAGGAUAAAUUUACAUUUUAAUAAGAUUAAUUUUUUGACAAAUAACUCGAAAAACCAUCUGUUGAUUUGGAGGAACUUGUAAUUGCAUGUGCAGCGGAGGUAGAAGACGAGAAAUGAAAUAGUAAAACGUGACGAAAGUUUGGUGGAAAUUCCUUCGGUCUACACAAGGCAACAAAUGUUUUCUUUUGGACGUUUCUGGAAUACAUCACGAAUUUGCGAGAUUAAGUCUACAUUCGUCGACAUUCUUAUAGUGAGAUCGAAUAGAUGGACAGUCGUUCGAAUUUGAAUUCUAAUAAAGACGUACCUAAAAAUUUGUGAUAUUUUUUAAGUUAUAGUUGUAGUUUUCUUCUCCUAGUUGCUAACAGUAGACAUAUCAAGAAUAGUGCUUCUCUCUUAGAAUAGUUUCAAGUCUUUACGAAUUACUUCUACCAUAUUUCUACUUCGUAAUACAAAUGAAUGAUAAUAAUUAGUUAUAGUUAGUUUGAAUGUUUUUGCUAUUCUGAGUGUCUUCUUAGUACCGUGUUGUUAAUUACUCAUGUUGUUUAUUAAUAAGUGAUCAGUCUACUGCUGUUGAGGAAGCAAUUGUGAUUCGAACCAUAGUGAUAUUUUCCCAAAGUGACAAUGAGUUUAUCGCGUUCCUGUUUGUCUAAGCGGACAAUGAAUGGAAAGAUCUCUUCUCUUGUGGAGCAGCAUGGUACCAUCGGCGCCCUCCGCCCGUCGGCGGUGGCGAGAGUCGGUCAAGCCGUCAACAUGGCGGUGGAGCGUUUCGUCACCGUCGGUGAAGCGAUCGCUGAUGAUUAUCCUGAAGUUCGACAAGGCAUGUACGAAGCUUGCAAGGAAGCGCGCCAAGCUGGCGGAGUCAUCGAGCAAAUUUGCGAGGAAACCGACGAGGAGGUCCUCCCCGACCGGGGCACCCUAGUCCGGGCAGCGCGUUGUCUUCUGGGGGCCAUCACACGGGUGCUCCUUCUGGCGGAUAUCGUAGUCGUGAAGCAGCUCCUCUUGGCCAAAGACAAGGUUUCCCAUAGCUUGGAUCGAUUAGAAUCUGUAAACAAUUUCACCGAAUUCGUGAAAGCGUUUAGCCAAUUUGGGGCGGAAAUGGUCGAAUUAGCGCAUUUAACGGGCGACAGACAGAACGAUUUGAAAGACGAGAGGAGGAGGGCCCAAAUGGCUGCAGCCAGGCAAGUUCUGGAACGAUCCACAAUGAUGCUUCUCACUUCUAGUAAGACUUGCUUGAGGCAUCCAGACUGCAGCUCGUCGAGGGAGAAUCGCGAUACGGUCUUCUGUCAGAUGCGGAGGGCGAUGGAUUUGAUACAUUUCGUUGUUAAAGACGGAGUUUUGAAUUCGAGCGAGUCGAAUCAGCCUUCAGAUGAGUUGGAGGGCGACAGGGCGAGCGCCUAUGCCUGCAUGAGGCAUCUGCAACAUCUGCUCGAAUUGAAUAAAGUUGCAAUGGAUCAUUCCUGUCAGGAGAGUCUCCCAGCUGCGUUAGAAGCUGUCUUAGAAAAAACUCAGGAUUUCACUGAUAGUGCCUAUACUAGCCACGAGCAUAGAGAAGCUAUUCUAGAAAGUAGUGAACGACUAAAGACCGAAGUGGAUCAUCUUUUAGGACUUUAUGCUAAUAUUAUUGAUUUCGAGGGUGCUAUAAACUGUCCAGAAUUUGAGAAUUCUGUCUCGGCUUGUAUAAACUCCGCUCGCGAUUUGUCCCGCCACUUGGCCAACGCCGGCAUUCAGCAAGCACAGGAACUUAACACUGCAACUAAGCAAGGACUGGAAUUAGCUAAUAGUAUUCGCCAACAGGCUAUAAUGUCUGAUGUUGAUAGACUUCAUCACACCUUUGAUGCCUUUCAAGAUUCAAUCGACCACAUUUUGGAAGUCUGUAAAUUGCUGAGACAUGUCGCCGUCUCCGAAACCCUUCAGGUGUCUGCAAAAUUUACAGAAAUUAAUCUGAGAGUUUACGGGCCACAGGUGAUCACCGCUGCUAAAACCCUAGCGGCCUAUCCAGGUAGUAAAAUUGCUCAAGAAAAUCUAGAAGUUUUCGCGGAUAUGUACCAGUGGCUUGUGUCCGAUGUUACGACAAUCGUUAAAGACGUGCUGGAAGCCAGUCAGGCUAAACCGGAAAAGCAGGUUUAUAUGUCACUUCCGAGACCUGGUAAACACGGGACUACAUCCAAACCCCUCAAAGCGGUCAGAUUAGACACUGAAGAACAAGAGAAAAUUGCCAAGUCGGGUUUAGAGAUGAAGCUGAUAACCAGCGAAAUGGACGCCGAGACGGAUAAGUGGCAAGAGAGCAACACACAAGUGGAGGAAAAUAACGACAUAGUGAAAAGAGCCAAGAAUAUGUCUGCUAUGGCUUUCUCAAUGUACCAAUUUACCAAAGGUGAAGGCGUUUUAAAGACAACUCAAGACUUGUUCACACAGGCCGAAUAUUUUGCCGAAGAGGCUAACCGAUUAUAUAAAGUUAUUAGACAAUUUAGUUAUCAGGUUCCUGGUGGUGCUAACAAAAAAGAGCUUCUGGAAAACUUGGACAAAGUGCCAACUUUUGUACAACGGUUGCAAUUCACUGUUAAAGAUCACACUGUUGGCAAAGCGGCCACUUUUACAAAAGUUGACAACGUUAUUCAAGAAACUAAAAAUCUUAUGAAUGUUAUCUCGAAGGUGGUCACCACCUGUUUCGAAUGUGCCACAAAGUACAAACUGGAGUUCAGGGGUUCAGGUGCUGGUAACGGCCGUGGUGCCGGUGGUGAAGGUGGUUCUUCCAGUGGCAGCGGUACCGGCGGAGAUAACAAAGGUGGAGGUGCUACAGGCCAAGACCAAAACUUAUGACAGAUGGGGAUGUCCCGGCGCAAUAAGGGGGACUCGAGGCGUACUCGAGUUUCCUUCUUAUUGUUCUAGGACAUCAACCCCUAUUGUUAUUGUUACAAAGCUUCACUACUUUGGUCUUGCCUUCAUUAUGCUCAUUGUAAACCCAUUACCAAAGAAUGUUUUAGUCGAUUUUGUUCAAGUUUUUUCAACUACUGUACAGUAUUGUUAUGUCACCAUAAAUAUAGAUAAUCAAUAAGAAUGAUUUUGAGGAGAGAGUUGACUGAAAGGGCAUCGAAACAACCGAUUUUAGUUUAGUCGGUUGUUUCGAUUACAUAUCGAGGCAAGGGUAUAAACAGGGAUGGAUUAUUAAAAAAAAAAAACAAUCAUAUUGAUAAUUAAUGUUACAACCCUACACCAAUUAUUUCUUGUAACUCCAAUAUACUCAUGUAUUUAUAGUAUUUUUUAAUAUAAAUAGUAUUAAAAACAUUAAUGUGAUCUCUUGAAUUUUUUAUUUUUGUAAUAAGUUCAGUUAAGGUAUGUGUUUACUCUAAAAAUAGAAUGUUUUACAGUGUUUUGAUUCUAAUUGUCUGCUGAUGUGUGACUGUAACUCAGACUAUUUAUGAAAUAUUAAAAUUAGGAUAUACUUAAAUUGUUGUGCCUGUAACAUAUUUAUACUGAACUCUUCUAGUUACGUUUUUAGUUACAUAUUUUGACUGUAUUUUAUAUACAACUUUUGCUUUUCUCUCGAUACCAAAGUUAUGUCAUUAGUUUAUGGAGUAGUUUGUAUAGAAAAGAGACCUAUAUGAUAUUUUCAUGACCAGUAGAUUUUAGAUUUUGUACCUUUUAAAUUGUAUACCUAAUUGUUAACGUGGAGAUCGGUGUGCUAAAGAGAGAUUAUUGUUGGUGUUUGAAAGUGUUUAUCGCAGGGUUGAGUAAUAUCUCUUAAUAAAGCAUAUAAUGUAACAAUUUGUGUGGUUUGGUU